CAGAACACUACCACUUCCAAUUUUCCUACUUUAUACUUACCAUAUAUGCAAAUAAUAAAUCAAAUCAUAUCCCUUCUUCAUUCAUAAUAUCACAUCAGAUAAGACUUCUUUAAUUUUCCGAUCCAUGGAGGAGGGUGAAGAGAGUAACAGAAAAUCACAUAACGUUAACGUUACCCCCACGGCAGCGAAGAAGUCAAAUCUUGGCCGGUCAAGGAAGGGCUGCAUGAGGGGUAAAGGCGGCCCGGAAAACGCUCUGUGCACUUUCCGGGGCGUCAGACAGAGGACCUGGGGGAAAUGGGUAGCCGAGAUUCGCGAGCCGAAUCGCGGGGCCCGAGUUUGGCUCGGGACGUUCAACACGUCCAAAGAGGCGGCCCGGGCCUACGACGAAGCGGCCCGGAAACUCUACGGCCCGACAGCCAAACUCAACCUCCCGGCGGAGAAUUGUGACAUUUCCUUACUGUUAUCCUCAUCCUCCUCCCAGGGAUCGGCCGUCGCCGGAUCCAACAACUCCGAGGACAACUACAUGUCAUCCUCACCAGUAUCCUCGAUGUCGGACGGGUACGCCGAGGAUUGUUCGGUUCUCGAUGAGGCUUCGGUGUUCCGAGACCGGAACGGGAACUAUAUGCUCUGGGAAACUCCGGCGCCGAGCUUGCUAGAUGAUGCCGACAAUGAACAAAACAAAGGGUGGCCGGAGAUAUCUAGCAGGGACGGCGGUUUUGUCCAUUGUGCUGGUGGAAGGGGCAUUAACAGUGUGGAUAUGGGAGGUUUGCAGGUGCCACCAUGGUCGUAUUAAUUGAGUGUGCCAUUAUCUUACGUUACAGUACGUGUGUGUGUAUAUAUAUACUAUAUAUAUAUAUAUCUAAAUGCUUUAAUUUUGAUAAUAAUAAAAUGGACAAAUUAAAAUAAAUGGUGUAAUAUAUUGUAUAUUGAGGAGAUUAUAUAUUAUAUUCCGAAGUCGUUACUGCUUAUAUAUGGUUAUGUAUAUGUAUCAAUUUUAUGUCAAGUUAAUAGGAAGUAUUGUACUAGUAAAAUAAUUUAACCG